AUGCCCGGCAGCGGAUUUCCUGCUCUUUUUAGGGCCGGUCCCCGAGCUGCUCCAGAGCUCUGCAGAGGGAAAAAGGGGAAGCCGCCGCCGCCGCCGCCCUCGGCGCUGCCGCGCUGGGGCCCCGGGUGCCUCCCACCUCGGCCCGCGGCUGCCAGAGGCGGGCGACAAGGAAGCUGGCGCCUUCCGCGCGCGUCCCUCCCCCGAGUCCCUCUGCUCCCCGAGCGCCGUGCGUGCCCGCGAGUUUGCAGCCACCUCGCCGGGGCCGCCGAGUCCUCGCGGAGCUGCAGUGUGCCUGGGGCCGGGGAGCUUGUUUUUCUGAAAAGUUGCUGGAUGAAAAAGGCGCUGAGGCAAGAGAAUCGCCUA